CCCCCGCAUCACACGCCGCGCCCUCUCCUCUGGCGCCCUUGCGCCCCACUUUGACCGCCCGCUCCCGCCCCCGCCGCCCGCGCCCCCUGCGCCCCUCUGCGCCCUCCCGCCGCUCACCGCGCCCGACGCCCUCGCGCCCCUCACCCGCCGCACCGUCCGCCACGCCGACGCCCUCGUCGCCCGCAUCGCCGCAGCGCCCGCACACCCAGACCCCGCAGAGCUCCGCCGCGUCGUCAAGAACCUCGACCGCCUCAGCGAUGUCCUCUGCGGCGUCAUCGACAUGUGCGAGCUCGUGCGCAACGUCCAUCCGGACCCCCGCUGGGUCGCGGCCGCCGAGAAGACGUACGAGACGCUGUGCAGCUUCAUGAACCAGCUCAAUACCAGCACGGGCCUCUAUGACGCACUCGUCGCAACCGUCUCCCACACGUUCCCCGGCAACCCCCUCUCGCCGGCCGAGCUCAGAGUCGCCCAGACCUUUCUCUCAGACUUUGAGCGCUCGGGCAUACAGCUGCCCCCCGGCGUCCGUGCCAAAUUCGUCCGCCACUCGGACAACAUCCUCUCCCUCGGCCGUACCUUUCUGUCCUUUGCCGCCGCUGGGCCCUCGGCGGACACGCCCAUCGAAAUACCAGAGCCAGAAGUGCUGCUCGCCGGGCUCAGCUCGAAAUUCGUGGCGUCCUUGCCGCGGAAAAAGCGCAAGGGUCCCGCACUCCUUGCGCCUGGCUCCUGGGAAGCGCAGAUGAUCGGGAGAUAUGCAGACAAUGAGGAGGCUCGGCGCCUGGUGUAUAUCGGCUCCAUGCGAGAAGACAAGGACAGGGUCUACGUGCUCGAGACAAUGCUGAAAGAACGGGCAGAGCUCGCUCACGUGCUUGGAAAGGAAACAUGGGCCGAUGUCGCCCUGUCCGACAAGAUGGCCAAGACACCCCAAAACGUUUUACAGUUCCUCACGUCGCUGGCGACACACCACCGUCCAUCGGCAGCCGCAGACGUUGCCGCCCUCCAACGCCUCAAGGCCCUUUCCACAGUCUCCCGCACCUCCUCUCAAUUGCCCACCGUGCACGCUUGGGAUAGAGAUCAUUAUGCAGAGCAAUAUGCUGCAUCGUUAUUACCCAACGGAUCCCUACCGUCCAUCACACCCUACUUCUCCGUGGGCACAGCCAUGUCUGGCCUUUCACACAUGCUCUCCCGCCUCUAUGGUAUCUCCUUCAAGCCCGUGUCUGUCGCACAUGGCGAAGUCUGGCACCCCUCGGUCAGGCGGUUGGACGUGAUGGACGAACACGGCAAAAGAAUAGGAGUGAUCUACUGCGAUUUGUUUUCACGACCCGGUAAGCCAUCAGCCGGCGCAGCACACUAUACCGUCCGCUGCUCGAGAAGGGUGGACGAUGAUCCUUCCGAAGGCGAUGGCCUGCCUCCCGGAUGGGAUCAACAUCUCGGUAAAGGAAUGGAAGUGCAAGGUGAAGCGUUGCAUGGAAAAGAGGGCAAAUACCAACUUCCCAUCGUUGUGCUGACUACAGACUUUGGAACGGUUGAAGAAAGCGGCCCGGCAUUGCUUGGGUGGAAUGAUCUCGAGACUCUGUUCCACGAGAUGGGGCAUGCUAUCCACUCAAUGAUUGGCCAAACAGAGUUUCACAACGUGUCCGGUACUCGGUGCGCCACCGACUUUGUCGAGCUCCCUUCCAUCCUCAUGGAGCACUUUAUCUCUUCCCCAGCUGUCCUCAGCACAUUCGCCACCCACUAUACCACCAACGAACCUUUACCGAUCCCCCUCAUCCAAGCGCAUCUGCAACUCGACCAGUCCCUCAAAGCCCUCGAAACACAUUCCCAAAUCCUGAUGGCACUGCUUGACCAAAAGUACCACUCGAUCAAGCAUGGCGAACAACUCGACUCUACCCGAGUCUGGAACGAGCUGCAAAGCCAAGUGGGGGUGAUCCCACCCGUGCGAGGGACGGCGUGGCAAACGCAGUUCGGACACUUGUACGGCUACGGCGCGACGUAUUAUUCCUAUCUGUUUGAUCGCGCAAUCGCGGGCAAGAUCUGGUCAUCACUGUUUGCGCGGGGGCGUACCGGGCCCGCCGCCGCUAAUCAUGAUCCGGCGGCGGCGGAAGACAUACUCUCCAGGGAAGGAGGUGAAGCGUUCAAAGAAAAAGUCUUGAAAUGGGGCGGUGGGAGAGAUCCUUGGGAGAUGGUCGGAGACGUGAUUGGAGGUGCAGAGGGCGAGCAAGUAGCCAAGGGAGAUGAAAAGGCCAUGGAACUGGUCGGUAGAUGGAUGAUCAAGUAGUAUCUUGUGUGAUUCGUUUGCACGGAUCGAUGAUGAUGAUGAUCAUGAUCAUGAUGAUGACGUAUACGCACAGGUCCAAUUCUCACUUGGGAAAUCGCUUAUAGAUGGAUGCAUAUAAUCACAU